AUGGCGCGGGCGGUGCGCGUGCUGGCGCUGGCGCUGGCGGCUGAGGGGGCGCCGGGGCCGGGGCCGGGCCGUGCCCGCCUGGUGCCGCUGCCGCCCGGCAGCGGGGCCCGGCCCGGCCCUCAGGGUGCGUGCGGGGAAGCGGCGGAGGCGGGAGGCGCGGGCUGGAGGGAGGCGGUGACGGCCGCGGCCGCCGCCCUGCAGGCGGGCGGGCUGGUGGCGGUGCCCACGGACACGGUGUACGGCGUGGCCUGCCUGGCACAGGACUCGGCCGCCGUGCGCGGCAUCUACAGCCUGAAGGGGCGGAACGGCGCCAAGCCGCUCGCCAUCUGCCUCGGGGACGUGGAGCGGCUCUACAGGUACUGCCGCGUGAAUGUUCCCGACGAGCUGCUGCGGGAUUUGCUCCCGGGACCAGUGACCCUGGUCUUAGAGCGUUCAGAAGAGCUCAAUAAAGACUUGAAUCCCUUCACAUCGCUGGUUGGUGUUCGCAUUCCAGACCAUCCCUUCAUGAGAGACCUGGCACGGGCCUGCCCGGGACCCCUGGCUUUGACAAGCGCCAACAUCAGCUCCCAGGGCAGCACCCUGACCGUGUUGGAAUUCCAGGACUUGUGGCCUCAGCUGUCCUUGGUCAUUGAUGGAGGCCCCAUAGGAGACAUCCAGAGCCCAGAGUGUCGCUUGGGGUCAACUGUGGUUGACUUGUCUGUGUCGGGGAAAUUCUCCAUCAUCCGGCCCGGCUGUGCACUGACGCCCACAGUUGAAAUCCUGAAGAAGAAGUAUGGCUUGGUACCAGAAUCCUCCUAACCCUUGGGACUGGGAGCUGUUGGAGCUGGGCACUGUGUGCCUGUGCACUCAGGAGUGGGUGAUCAUGGCCUUGUUUAAUAAGGUCAAUGGGUUUUGUCAAGAUAAUAAUAAAAGUAUUAAAA